AGAGGAGGAGCAGAGUCGGACCUUGGGCUGCAAAUGGAGCCAGCAUUGGAAAUUCGACAGCCACGGAAACGGAAGGGGCGCAUGGACGACCAAAGCCCUCGAUAAACCUCGAGAGGUGAAGUCGACGGGACCAUGAAGGCAGGCCGCGUUAUGGCGUCCGCGGUGAUGCCCAUUUCAGCCUCGUGCUGCAGCUGUUUUGUGUCCGCCUCUCCUUCCUCCACGCUCUCCUUCGUCAGCAAUCCUCGCCUGGUUCGGGUGUUUGCGCGCUCGCUGCUGCUCAGGACCUCUUCCUCUUUUGCCUCCGUCUCUGCCGCUGGCCCUCUUCCUCUCUCUCGUCAGACCCGGUUGCGCUCUUCGUUCUUGGGUUCUCCCCGAUGUCCACUUCUUCCCAGGUUUUCUGGCGCAAGCCAGUGUCGUAUGGGAUGGAGAGUAAAGCAAGGAGGCACCCGGUCUAUCACGUGCAAUUUUGCUUUGGAGGUUCCGUCUGCCCAGUCAGUAGAUGCCUAUGAUGCAGGUCAAAUUCAGGUUUUGGAAGGUUUGGAUCCCGUGCGCAAGCGUCCGGGAAUGUACAUAGGAAGCACUGGCCCAAAAGGGCUUCAUCAUCUGGUGUGGGAAGUGCUGGACAACUCUAUUGAUGAAGUCCAAGCCGGGUUUGCCACGAAGAUAGAUGUGGAGCUUCAUGCCGACGGAUCUGUCAGUGUCAGUGAUGAUGGUCGUGGGAUUCCCACAGGUAUCCAUCCAACCACGGGGAAGUCAGCUGUUGAGACUGUUCUGACUGUUUUGCAUGCCGGAGGAAAAUUUGGUGGUGAGAGCAGUGGUUAUUCUGUUUCUGGUGGAUUGCACGGUGUUGGUAUCUCCGUGGUGAAUGCUCUUUCUGAGAACUUGCAAGUUACUGUGUGGCGAAAUGGGAUGGUUCAUGAACAGAUUUAUAAACGAGGGAAGCCCGUCACCGAGCUGACUAGCAGACCUCUACCUAAAGAUCUUUCAUCAAAAUCCGGCACAUGCGUGAAGUUCCUCCCCGACACUGAAGUUUUCACUACUAGUAUUGAAUUUGACUACGGCACUAUAGCUGGACGUUUGAGGGAGCUAGCUUUUCUCAAUUCAGAGGUGACGAUCAACUUGAAACAGUUGAGUGACAAAAGCGAUAAGGUUAAAUCUAAUGAGUAUCACUUUGCUGGAGGUCUGAACGAAUACGUACUUUGGCUCAAUCAGGACAAGGAGCGACUGCAUGAGCCCAUCUCAAUCAGGAGAGAACGAGAUGGUAUAACAGUAGAUGUAGCUCUUCAAUGGUGCUCAGAUUCAUACACGGACACCAUACUUGGAUAUGCAAACAGUAUACGGACGAGUGAUGGAGGAACUCAUCUUGACGGUAUGAAGGCAGCCAUCACUCGCACUCUUAACUCUCUGGGGAGAAAGACCAAGAUUAUCAAGGAGAAAGAUGAGAAUUUGAGUGGAGAUCAUGCAAGAGAGGGUCUUACUUGUGUCGUUGCAGUGAAGGUUCCAAACCCUGAGUUUGAAGGCCAAACUAAAACACGACUAGGAAAUCAAGAAGUCCGUCGCGUGGUUGAACAGGCUGUUCAAGAACUAGUAACCGAGUAUUUGGAAUGUCAUCCAGAGGUUUUAGAAAGUAUUCUCGCUAAAGCUAUACAAGCGUUUAAGGCUGCAAUGGCGGCUAAGAAAGCCAGGGAAUUAGUAAGACGGAAGAACGUGCUCAAGUCUGCUAUGCUACCCGGGAAGCUUUCUGACUGUUCUUGUACAGAUCCUCGUAACUCAGAAAUUUUUAUCGUGGAGGGUGAUUCUGCCGGUGGAAGUGCUAAGCAAGGAAGAGACAGGAAAUUUCAGGCUGUAUUACCUCUGAGGGGAAAGAUUCUGAACAUUGAACGCAAAGAUGACGCUGCCAUUUAUAAGAACCGAGAGAUUCAAGAUCUAAUUAUAGCUUUGGGCCUCGGAGUUAAGGGAGAAGAAUUCAACUUGGAUACAGUGCGCUAUCAUAAAAUAAUCAUCCUCACAGAUGCUGAUGUUGACGGAGCUCAUAUUAGAACUCUGCUUUUAACCUUCCUGUUCCGUUAUCAGAGGCAAUUAUUUGAAGCUGGAUGCAUAUACGUUGGAGUUCCCCCGCUUUACAAGGUGGAGCGAGGGAAGCAAUCUCAGUAUUGUUACGAUGAGGGUGAACUGAAGGCUUUAUUAAAAAGUUACCCUUCAAAUGCAACCGUUAACAUUCAAAGAUUCAAAGGGCUUGGAGAGAUGAUGCCUUUGCAGUUGUGGGAAACCACCCUGGACCCAACCAAAAGAAUGUUGAAGCAGCUGACUAUGGAGGACGCUGCCGAAGCUAGUCAAAGAUUCACUGUACUCAUGGGAGACAAGGUGGAGCCACGCAAGGAACUUAUUCGAAGUUCAGCGUAUCGUCUGAGUGUCGAGAAUCUUGACGUCUAACCGCAGACCAGGUAGUGCUUAGAUUCAGCACCCUGAAUAGAUGGGUGUAACUUGUGUAUGAUUAGAGGAAGCUCCUAACAGAUGGCAGUCACCAAACAUUUCACUAGGCAACUGCCAAUAGUUACAAUUCUUUUGACUUCCCCAGGAAGUCUAGAUGCACUCUAGACCACCGUGUAUCAAUUUUGAUCGAAGCAUCCAAAGGAGGCAAAUAUAUGUGCAAAAGAGUUUCAGGUGGAUGUUGCUCGCAUUGGUUCAGAUGCGCAUCAAUAAGAAGUUGAAUAAAUGCGUCAGCAGUCUUGUUGUAACACGUGACGUGGAUGUCAUCAGUAUCUGAACUAGCACAUCGAUCCUCAGCUCUGACUUCCGCUUUGGCGAGUCCGCUAUAGAACCUGAAUGUAAAUCGUAGUGCUAGACCCGUUUUAGGAUGGAUGCUUAGACUUUGGACAUGUGUCGGUUUUCCAGAUGUGCCUAGGACGUUAUAGGGAUGGGAUCCAAGUGCACCUGAAACCCAGCUACAAAGUAGGGUGCCAUAUGUAUCGUUAAGCACUGAGAAGAAGUCAUUGCUGGAAAGGAUAUAUAGCCUUUCCAUUUCUAGAUCGCGAAGGCUGCGGUUCCUUAAAGGUAAUGCUCAUUGAGGACAGAUUAUCUCCGAGCUUUGCCGCUCUCGUGUUUAAUGAUAUUGAAAUCUUCAACGUUG